ACCUGUGGCGGUCACUCGCCGAGCCUCUCGCAGCUCUACCGACAGAAACAGAAGGGGAAACUCGACCAAGAAAACGGGCGUCGCGCGACACCGUCGUCGGCGCAUAUGGGCAACUGCCAGGCAGCGGAGGUGGCGACUGUGCUCAUCCAGCACCCGGGCGGCGGCCGCACGGAGCGCGCGUACUGGGCGCUGUCGGCGGGGGCCGUCAUGGCGGCCAACCCGGGUCACUACGUCGCCGCCGUGAUCACCUCGCCUCCCGCCGCCGGCGCCUCCACGGCCGCCGCCGCCGUCGCGCCCGUCAAGCACCUCAAGUUGCUCCGCCCCGACGACACGCUACUGCUCGGCCGCGUCUACCGCCUCGUCAGCUUCGAAGAGGUGCUGAGAGAGUUCGCAUCGAAGCGCCAUGUCAAGCUUAGCCGCGUCACGAUCAAGGCCAAGGAGGAAAUGGGUGAGUCGAAGACCCACAAACCUCGCCGCCGGCGAGGCAGUAGCGGCGGCAUCGCGCCUGAGGAGGAGUACUCUAGCCGGUCACUCGCAAAGGUCAUGCGCCAAUCUGACGAGCCGGAGUCCGCGGCGAGCCCGACCGCAGCGCCAAGGCCGGAGAACGAUAUCGGUAACCACGCCGGGGAGCCGGACGAGGCGGACUGCGACCUGGAAGCCCUGCUGCCGCCGCAUGGGGUGGUGUUAGGCCGGCGAGUCUGCCGGCAAUGGAGGCCAGCGCUGCAGAGCAUCCCGGAAGGGUGAGGGCGAGGGCGGCCCAACUAUGUUGGCCGACGGCGCGCGAGCCUUCGUCGUUCCGAGCACUCAGUGUUAGUACUCCAGUGCAGUAGUUAAGUGAACCUGUGAUGCAGUGCAGCAGUAGUGUUGCCUUGUACAAUAAGCUAGUGCCUUGUGGAUAUAUCCUUCCAGAAAUUAAUCCAGCUGAUGGCUGGUACGUACUAAUGGAAUGAUGGGGUACAUAUAUAUAGCGUGCGCCUAGCUAAAACCUUGCAUGUGUCUAAAAACUACUUCCUGAAAUGCUUAUAUGCUUAUUUUGGAAGAGGAGUAACUUUGAUAAUAAAAAUUAAAUCUGUUAUUUUCAUACUACUAUACAA